GUGGGGGUGACGGCGGCGGGAACAGGAGCUGCCCUCGGGGAGUAGCAGCGGGAUCGGCGGCCGCUCGCACCGCUCGGAGGGGCCGGUCGGGCUGGAGCGGAGUCGCUGCGCCACGGGUGGCAUUGUGUGUCCCAGAGUGCAGGAGCGCGUCCCAAAAGAGAGGCGAGGCCGGGCCGCAAGCACUGGGUUGCUUCAGCAGGGAAGACUCCCUUCCCCCUGCUUCAGGCUGCUGAGCUCUGAGCAGCGCUCAGAAUGGAAGCCAUCGCCAAGUAUGACUUCAAAGCUACCGCGGACGACGAGCUGAGCUUCAAAAGGGGGGACAUCCUCAAGGUCUUGAAUGAAGAAUGUGAUCAGAACUGGUACAAGGCAGAGCUUAAUGGGAAAGACGGCUUCAUUCCCAAGAAUUACAUAGAAAUGAAACCACACCCGUGGUUUUUUGGCAAAAUCCCCAGAGCAAAGGCAGAAGAAAUGCUUAGCAAACAACGGCAUGAUGGGGCCUUUCUUAUCCGAGAGAGUGAGAGUGCUCCUGGGGAUUUCUCCCUCUCUGUCAAGUUCGGCAGUGACGUGCAGCACUUCAAGGUGCUCCGAGACGGGGCCGGCAAGUAUUUCCUCUGGGUGGUGAAGUUCAGUUCGCUCAAUGAGCUGGUUGAUUAUCACAGAUCUACAUCUGUCUCCAGAAACCAGCAGAUAUUCCUCCGGGACAUAGAACAAGUGCCGCAGCAGCCCACAUACGUCCAGGCCCUCUUUGACUUUGACCCCCAGGAGGAUGGAGAGCUGGGGUUCCGUCGGGGAGACUUUAUCCAUGUCAUGGAUAACUCAGACCCCAACUGGUGGAAAGGCUCCUGCCACGGGCAGACCGGCAUGUUCCCCCGCAACUACGUCACCCCUGUGAACCGGAAUGUCUAGGAAGCCAGAGGAGAUUAUUUAAAGAGAGUGGAAGAUUUAAAACACAUACAGAAAAAGUCAGAGCCCACAAGCUGCCUUCCCAGCAGCCUGUGAGGAGCGCAGACACCUGGCGGGCCACCCAGUGGCCCUCACUUUGGUUGGAACUCUGGGGGGGUGGGGGUGGGGUUGGAUAUAAAAAUGCCAAAACGUACCUAUAAAUUAAGAAAAGAGUUUUUAUUACAAAUUUUCACCGCUGCUCCCCCAUCCCCUCUUUUGUCCUGUUUUUCAUCCUUUUCUCUCUCGUCCAUCCGUGCAUGACACCUACUGCCACGUGUAGUCCUAGCUGAUGCCAAUAAUAAACGACACCAAGUGGACUGCUAUUUUCUCUAUGCAAAACAUCUGAUGUAGUUGAGACCAGUGAAAGAAGACGAACUGUCCAGGGUUCUUCAUACACACACACACACACACACACACACACA